AUGGUGCUUGACAAGGACAUAGACGGUCGCUGUGUUGAGGAAGCGAACUUUGGUUCUGCACUCAAGAUCGGUCGUUUCGACGCACUGAACUAUUUUGAAGAUGGCUCUUCCUACCUCUUGGAUGCGCCAGGUCACGCGGUUGGCCAUUUGUGCGCUUUGGCCAGAACGGCAGCCGAUCCGCCGUCGUUCGUAUUUAUGGGCGCCGAUUGCUGCCAUCAUGCUGGAGCUCUUCGGCCCUCCCAAUAUCUACCAUGGGACGACUGGCCUCACAGCCACCACGCUACGUGCAACGAUCGAACACGUGAAACUGGUCCGCUUACACCACCGAUUUGUCCAGGUGAGGCCAUCCUCUCCGUUCUCAAUCAAAAUCAGAAACGUCCAUUAUUUAGACUACCUCCUGGUCCCCUGUUCCCGGACCACGAAGCGACGAUGGACAUUGUUGCCAAGAUCCAAGAGCUCGAUGCUUUGGACGAGGUGUUGAUCAUUCUUUCACAUGACUCUUCAAUUCGAGACCGCAUUCCAUUGUUCCCGGACAACAUCAAUGAUUGGAGGGAAAACAAGCUUCGUGAAAAGACUAGGUGGGUGUUUCUGUCAAAUUUUCUAUGA